CAUGUCAUUCGUUUAUCUGUAAUGAACUAAUGUCAACAUAUUGAAGCGCUUCAUGAAUAUGAAUAUUUUUGUGGUUGAAUCUGUGUGAAUAUGCACGAUUUUGAAUGCAGCCACGGCAUAAGAGUUGAAAGGAAAAUACCAUUCGAGGUUCAGAAUGAUUUGUAAAUGUGGACAGAGACUGAUGCGUCACGAGCCAACAUGUCUCAAUUGUGGUGAACACAAUAGCUGGUUCGAAACUGAAGAUCAAGGAGCUACAGGCGGGGUUGAAGAACAAAUACCGACAUUCAGAAUAAACGAUCGUGCUGCUGAGUCCCGUGAUUCUUAUUUUCAGGGCGCAUAUGCAGGUAUAACAGAAUCACAAUAUGCUUUAACAUCGGGAAAAUGUCAAACACGAUAUAGAUCUGCUAACCCACAAGACACAAGAGCUAGUAAAGGCAUUACAGGAAUACACUCACAAAUGGCGGCACUACGGGUCAAUGAAGAAUUCAAACAAGAUGCAAGCGUAAAGAAGAAACACGCAAGGGUAUUGUAUUCAUAUGAACCGACAUCAGAUGAGCAACUUAAGCUUCAAGUUGAUGACAUAGUUGACGAUGUACAGCAGAUUAAUAGCGAAUGGUCGGAGGCGACAUUGAACGACAAACGAGGCUAUAUCCCAAGCAACUAUGUAGAGAUUAUUGAUGAAGGGGAAACAUCGGAUUCAUCUGACGACCUAAGUGACUUCAAAGUUGACAGUGAGUUCUCCCAGGAAGACGACAUCAUAACUCAAGAUGAAUUUUGGAAGUACGUGAGCGUUCUCCAGCAAAGUGGAUUUCUCGCACUAAUGACGGAGCUGGAGCGUACAAACACAGAGUGGAAAGAUUUCAAAAUCAAAAUUGCCAUAACUGGAGAGAGUGGUGCUGGAAAAUCAACCCUGAUAAAUGCUUUACGAAAUCUAAAAGAUGACGACAACGGUGCCGCGCAAGUAGGCUGCGUUGAAACUACCAUCGAACCAACACGAUAUCAACACCCAAACAAUAGAAACCUUGAGCUUUGGGAUUUGCCUGGGGUUGGAACUCCAAAUUUUCCUCAAACGACAUAUCUCAAAAAGGCAAAUUUUCAACAGUAUGAUUUUAUCAUACUAGUUUCUUCAUCGCGAUUUACUGAUAACGAUAAUUGGCUGGCAAAAUCAAUUGCGGGACAAUAUCCAACCGCAACUCUGUUUUUUGUAAGAACAAAAGUAGAUUGCGAUCUGUCCAAUAUUAAACAAGGAAAAAGAAAUAGUAUGACGGAGGAAGAUAUUCAAAACACGCUUCUCAAAAUAAAAGAAGACUGCCGUAAAAACCUUCAGAAUUCAGAAAUAGGGAAUCCACAUAUUUUUAUGGUAAACAGCCACAAUGUUAAUGCCUUCGAAUUUGGAAAGUUGUCCGGGAUGCUCGUCGAAAAGGUUAAAUCUGAGAAACAAGCUGCAUUGGUCCUUUCACUUUCUGUUCUGUCGAAUACAGUUGUGGAUGAAAAAGUCAAGCAACUAAAACAGAGAAUCAACAAAACUUCCAAAUAUGCUGCGAUGGCGGCAGUAAACUCGGACAGGGAGAAUAACGAAAAAAAAGAAAUAGGCAUUCUGCAAAAAGAACUUGUUUUUUACCAGUGCCAGCUUGGAAUUGAUCGCAAGUCCUUAGACAUUCUGGCCAUAAAAUUUAAGCUUGAUUUUGAAGAAAUUUGCCGACAACUUAAUUUCCGAUCGCAUCGCAUAUUGCAACGCUUCGAAAUAUAUUAUGGCAAUCAUGACAAAAUUAAACCGUCAAAAAAAAAAUUCAUUGAAUUUUUAUUUUUUCGGACAAAAAAAUUCCAGAAGCAGUGCGGUCGGUUUCUUGAAAAGGUGUUAAACAUAUGCAUUCAAGAAAACCAUUCCCUUCAUUCAAAAAUUGCAAUGUGGUCAACCGAACAAAGUGACUACGCAUAGCAAAACAGUACAUAAACACGAAAAAAGAAGGACUACAAAGGAAAAAGGAAAGUCGAAAUAAGACUGAUUACCCUUUAAAUUUUAUAAAGUCAAAACCCCAUAAACCUGUUUUAAGAUACUACACGUAUAGUGUUACUAUUUUCCUACAAGGCAAACUUCUAUGAAACAGUUCAUAAAUCACACAUGUUAUUGACAGGUAUCCGCCUGAUUUUGUGUUCGGUAUAGACACCACUGCAUUUGUAGUUGUUUUGUUGUUGUGAUCGUGGUUUUUGUUGUGUGUGUGUUUUUCAUGUUUAUAGUGAUAUCUCGGUCGCCUAAUUAUUCAAUUUAAAAGGGUCUUGUUUGCAGAUGUUUGCAUUAUGUAAACCCGGAAUACGUAUAGCUUGAUAACAUUGUGAACUUUUUGUUAAGCAUCUAAUUUGCAUUUAUUAAAAUAUUUUUUAACAGUAUUAAACAACAAAUAUGACGUCAAAGCGAUGAAGCUUUUAUGAUUGUGAAUAAAUUAGACGUAAUUUUCAAGUAUUGAAAUCCUGACGUCACGAAAUAGGCGAUGUUUAGAUUUUAAAUAAUGAACUUUUAAUAAGACGAAUUGUAUAUUAGAGCUAUAAAACAACUGUUUGUCUUUCCGAUGCUCCUGAUCAAACAACUCGUCCUGGAGCCCUCGUUGCUUAAUGCAUACGCAUCGAAACUCAAAACUGUUGAUUAUUGCCGCAAUGACCAACAAUGAGACGGAUUAUUAUGUUAAAUAGUCAAUUUUCCACCGUUUGACUGCAUGUAAAAACGAAACAAGUCUAGUUCGAUGUGUUAUAUAAAUUAUAUUAUGUUAAUUAAUUAUUCAAAAUUUAGUGUUAAAUAAUUAAAUAGUAUUACAUUGUUUAGAAUUUUUACAUACAAUACUUGAAUCAAUUUUUGUUAUGUGCCUGUUUGUUCGUUUGUCCAUUUCUUUUCUAACGACAGGCUGAUAUUUUAAAAUGACUUGACAUAACGCUGUCUAACUUGUGCUGGUUAUCUUCCUUAUCUUUUGCUAAACAGAGUGUAAUGCGGAAUGAAAACAUAGUUUACUACUAUAGUGCUACCUAGUAGGUCAUCCAUAUCCGUAUAUUGUACUGUCACACAGUGAAAUAUUCUUAGUAAUAUCGCUGUUGUUUGUAUAACUUUGUUUGAUAUAUUUAAAAUUUCUUUUAGUUAAACUAUUUUCGAAAGAUUUUGCAACACCUCUUUAUGGAAUUGUAUUCGGUUAUACACACACAAUUUCUAGCGUGUAUAUUUGACUUAAUUUUCAAAUGCCACCUGAACGUUGCGUUUUAUGUUUAUUUUUUCAUAAUUGAAAAACGCUCUGA